CCAGUCUAUCCACCUACUAUCUCGCUGUACCAUUCUCCACCUCUGCCCCAGCCACUCCCAUAACUUGAUAUCUGUUUACUCUAGAGGGAGCGGGCUUUGAGAAGCCAUCAUAAAUAUCCUGACCUAAUGCCUUAGCAGCCAUAAGAAGGAAAAGAAUGUACUCGCCUGAAGAUAACGUUUGGGAUAUUUAAAGGUGUGGGUUAAUUUUUUAUCCACUCCAAUAACUGGUUUUUUUUUUUUCCUGUUCCUUCUGUCUACUUCUUUGCUCUCUAUUUCUACCCCGAAGCUGCAGGCACACAGAUCUCUGCAGGCAAAAUCUUUCAGAGCCUACGCAGGACAGCCUUCUACGGACUACUUCAUUCCACUGUAACUUGGUGGCUGCCCCUUCUCCGAAAUGGCAGGUGUGAGCAGCUGUUUAAAGUAUUCUAUGUUUUUCUUCAACUUCUUGUUCUGGGUAUGUGGUACACUGAUCUUGGGACUGGCCAUAUGGGUGAGAGUAAGCAAAGACGGAAAAGAGAUCAUCACGUCCGGAGACACUAGCACGAACCCCUUCAUUGCUGUGAAUAUCUUGAUUGCAGUUGGGUCUAUCAUCAUGGUUCUGGGUUUCCUGGGAUGCUGUGGAGCUGUGAAAGAAAGCCGGUGCAUGCUUCUCUUGUUUUUUAUCGGCUUGCUGCUGAUUCUGAUUCUGCAAGUGGCAGCAGGCAUCCUAGGAGCCGCUUUCAAACCUGAGUAUAACCGAAUUCUGAAUGAAACGCUGUAUGAAAAUGCUAAUCUUCUGUCGGAGAACACUGAUGAGGCAAAAGACUUCCAGAAGGCCAUGAUUGUGUUUCAGUCAGAGUUCAAGUGCUGUGGCUUGGAGAAAGGAGCUGCCGACUGGGGAAAUAAUUUUCCGGAGGCAAAAGAGUCAUGUCAAUGUUCAGGAACUGACUGUGGCACUUAUCAGGGGAGUUCCGUUUAUCCAAAGACCUGUCUUUCUUUGAUCAAAGAUCUGUUUGAAAAGAACAUUAUUAUUGUCAUUGGAAUUGCUUUUGGACUGGCUGUUAUUGAGAUUCUCGGUUUGGUGUUUUCUAUGGUGCUGUACUGCCAGAUUGGAAGCAAGUAAACCUGAGGACUUACCUAGUCAUCAUAAACACCAUUUGAGUUUUUGCUUUGGCUUCAUGGCUUUAAAUACUCGAAUACUGUAAAUAAAUGUCUUAUUGAAGUGUCUCACUGAGGCAGGCUACAGAUAUCUUCACAGGUAUUCACUGUAUUUAACUGUGAAGGACAUAAUACAAAUGGUUGUGUAUUUUUUUUUCUCACAAUAAAAAGUGUUGGUGUUGA